AUGGGCUCCAUCGAUACGGUUGGUAUGGGCCAGCGGGCCAUUGACCAGAUCAUCUCCGAGCUGUCGUUGAAUGAGAAGGUUGCCUUGCUCUCGGGAGUCGACGCCUGGCAUACAUUCGCAAUCCCCCGCCUGGGAAUCCCCUCAAUCCGCACAACCGACGGCCCCAACGGCGCCCGCGGCACACGCUACUUCAACGGCGUUCCCUCUGCCUGUCUCCCCUGCGGGACCGCACUCGGCGCAACCUUCGACAGGGACCUGAUUUUCUCCCUGGGCCAGCUCCUCGCUGCCGAGUGCAGAGCCAAAGGCGCACACGUCCUCCUCGGCCCGACCAUCAAUAUCCAGCGGGGUCCCCUGGGCGGGCGCGGGUUCGAGUCGUUCUCCGAGGACCCGGUCCUCUCGGGGCUCGCGGCGGCGAGCUAUUGCUCUGGUGUCCAGGAUGGCGGGGUUGUGCCGACGCUGAAGCAUCUGGUGUGCAAUGACCAGGAGCAUGAGCGUGUGGCGGUCAGUGCGCUGGUGACGCCGCGUGCACUGCGGGAGAUUUACCUGCUGCCGUUCCAGCUUGCGAUCCAGGGCGCGAGGCCGGGGGCUGUGAUGACUUCGUAUAACAAGGUUAACGGGCUGCAUGCGAGCGAGAAUCCGGGAUUGAUACGGGAUAUUCUGCGCGGGGAGUGGGGGUUCGGCACCUACAGCGUAGCAGAUGCCGUCAACGCCGGCCUCGAUCUCGAAAUGCCGGGCCCAACGCGCUUCCGCGGGCCGGCGCUCAUGCACGCUUUGACCUCGAAUAAAGUCUCCGAGAAGACGCUCAACGAACGGGUCCGCAAGGUUCUCGAGCUCGUGCAACUCGCCUCGCGAGCCGGAGUCCCCGAAUACGCGCCCGAGCGAAAGCUAAACAGGCCCGAGGACCGCGCCCUGCUCCGUCGUGCUGCAGGCGAGUCCGUCGUGUUGCUGAAGAACGACAAGAAUGACAGUACCAACAGUCCAAUCCUCCCGCUCGAUCGAGAGAAGACGACGCUUGUCAUCGGGCCGAACGCAGAUCUUGCGGCGUACUGUGGCGGCGGCUCGGCGUCGCUGCUGGCAUAUUACACCGUGACUCCCCGGCAGGGGAUCGCGGAUAAGUGCGGCGCCGAGCAAGUCGUCUUUUCGCAGGGCUGCUACGGGCACAAGGAGCUGCCGCUGCUCGGGGAGCAUUUGAGGACGAUCGAAACUGGGCAGCCCGGAUAUACGUUCCGGGUGUAUACGGAGCCUCCGCCCGCGUCGGGGAGCUUCAAGGGCAGCGACAGCCGGACGCCCGUGGACGAGUUGCACAUGACGAACAGUUCCGCGUUCCUGAUGGAUUACAGCCACCCGCAGAUUUCGGGGGAUACGUACUAUGCCACGCUGGAGGGGACAUUUGAGCCCCCGGAGAGCGGCGUGUAUGAGUUUGGGCUGACGGUUGCCGGCACGGGGCUGCUGUACAUCGACGGGGUGCUGGUUGUCGACAACAAGACGGUACAGCGCGCGGGCACGUCCUUUUUCGGGAUCGGGACGGUGGAAGAACGCGGCGAGCGUUACCUCGAGGCGGGCAAGAAACAUCAUGUCUUUGUAGAGUUCGGCACGGCGCCGACGUCGAACCUGCAGCACCACCACGGCGUGGUCUCGUUUGGGCCGGGGGGCCUUCGGCUCGGUGGGUGCCGGAAGCUGGAUACAGAUACAGCGAUCCAGCAGGCGGUGCAGUCAGCCGCGCAGGCGGACCAGGUCGUUGUCUGUGUGGGGUUGAGCGGCGACUGGGAGAGCGAGGGCUUUGACCGGCCGCACAUGGACCUUCCGCCGGGGACGGACGAGCUCGUCAACGCGGUGCUAGCGGUCCAGCCCAACGCCGUGAUUGUCGUGCAGAGUGGCACGCCUGUGACGAUGCCGUGGGCGGACAAGGCCAAGGCGCUGCUGCAGGCUUGGUACGGGGGCAACGAGGCGGGCAAUGGCAUCGCGGAUGUUUUGUUUGGCGACGUGAAUCCGUCCGCCAAACUCCCCCUGACCUUUCCCCGAGAACUCGCGCAGAACCCGUCCUAUCUCAGCUACCGCUCCGAGCGCGGACGAGUCCUCUACAGCGAGGACAUCUACGUGGGAUAUCGAUACUACGACACGACCGGACAGCCGCCACUCUUCCGAUUCGGCCACGGGCUUUCGUACUCAACCUUCCACCUGAGGGACCUCACCGUUCGAGAAACAGCCCCGUACGCAGCCAACAUCAAAGAGUCCUCGCUCCGCGUGAGCGUGACUGUCUCCAACACCAGCGCACGUCCGGGCGCCGAGGUCGUGCUGGUAUACGUGCGGCCACCAGCUGCGGCUUGCAGCGUGGGACGGCCGGUGCGCGAGCUCAAAGGGUACGAGAAGGUCAUGCUGCAGCCGGGCGAAACCAGGGAGGUCUCGAUCACGAUUCCUCUUGGGCUCGCGACGAGUUUCUGGGACGAGGGGUGCGAUGCAUGGCUGAGUGAGAAGGGACUAUAUUUCGUCGAGGCUGUGGGGACUGGGGAGGGGAACACGUUGGUUGCGCCAUUGACGGUGCAGGUCUCGAGGGUGUGGAAUGGACUGUAA